CGCGAAUAUUUUGAGAAGCAAAACACACAUAUCAUCAUCUCCACGUUUUAGCAUGCUAGAUGGAAUACCAUCUGGUCCAUCAGUGUAGGAGUGUUUCAAUGUACUAAUUGCUUUGGAGAUAUUUUGUACAUUGAAUUCUACAUUGUCCAAGCUCUAGACAUUCAAUAAAUGAUUCAUUACGUCUCGGCGCUUUGACUGGGAGUCGAGAAACGUCGGGCAUAUUGAAGUCACCACAAAUAAGCUUGCCUGUGAAUGGGAGGGAUGAUGCUAGUGUGAAUACCUCCGAUAAUACUGCUGUUUCGUCUACUGAUACGUUAGGUUAACGAUAGACACAGUCGAGCAGUAAGCUGACGGAAUUCACUCUUACAUGUUUCCCUAUUCUGUAUCGUGAGUCUUGUCUUAUUAUUGUUAUUAUUAUCAUCAGCUUUUUUCAAUAUUAUAUUUGUGGUAGUAUAUAGAAUUCUCAGCGCAAAGUGUUUCAACAAGUUUCCGUUUCUUUCUUCUUGGUCGGUCCUGGCGAUAGAUAUCGAGUGAUCACCAGUUAGAUGUUAGCAGUUCAGUAAAUGAACAUCUGAAUAAUGUGCAUUAUUUUCGUUGUAUAUUGCCAGCAACCACAUUGUCUCUGAUGAUAAUAAUAAUAAUAAUAAUAAGACAAGACUGACGAUACUGAAUAGGGAAACACAUAAGAUUGAACUCAACUGCUCUAUAAGUAUCCCAAGAACGUUGAACGGGUUCUCCCCACUGCUAUCAUAUAACUUGCCUUCAACACCUCGAAGUUGCGAAAUGGGUGGUGGGCUUCAGCGUAACAAGCCUUCUUACACGCAGCCUAAACUCAUUAAUAACAAUGGUAAUAAUAGGUUUCUCACUCCACACCCUAUCUACAUUCCCCAGGAUCACAACUGUCAUUGCUCUAAGAAAGAAACUUUUCACACCCUUUAGUACCAAGUUAUCACAUAAAAACGGCUCGCAUGUGUAAUAACAGUCGCAACUUCUUCCAGUUACGCGCAGCAGACCUCUGUCACGCUAACGUAACUAGCCAUAACAGAGGCUACCAGUCUAACCAUCAAGACUAUUUUGCAAAUAACCAUACACUUCACAGUAGGCCUGUACAAGAAUUUUUUGGAAUACGACUCCUAGUGACACCUCUGUUGAAGCAUAUAGCCCAAGUUAUUUCAAACCACAUGCAAACCAUGAAUUUGUUUCCUCCGUACAGUUUCCAUCAGAGAGUACUCCGACCAUUUCCCCUUGGGUAAACUCCCCAAUCAACUUCACUAGCUCAUUUGAUACAUCUCCCACUAAGUCUAGCUAUCAAAAUACCGAGCUAAUGAAGAACAUUCAGUCCCUCACUUCAAACUCAUCUCACACCCGCGAGGGUUACGACGACUUUAUCCGAGAUACUCUCACCCAUAGCAGUAUUAUAGGAGGUAUUCACACUAGCAUCAUCCCUCCCAUUCACAGGCAAGCUUAUUUGUGGUGACUUCAAUAUGCCCGAAGUUUCUUGGCUCCACUUGUUUUAGUGCUUUCUAACUGCGAAUAUUGUCUGUAACACGGAAAAGACAGUAAAUAUGUAUUCUCCACUUUGCUCAGUGUGCUUUUUGCAGUAGUUGGUUUUUUCUUCCACUUUUCGACUGUUCAUUAAAAAAAUACUUGAAAGUCAAUGGGAGUUACUAGUUGUAUAAAUGAUGUAAAUAUCGAUUGCACUGUCCUGACAUUUAUAUAGUAGGUAAGUACCUCGAGCAAGGAAAAGUAAAUGGGGUAUAUGUAUAUGUGUAAUAAUCAUGCUUUAGACAUGUAUUCAGUGAAUGUAUUUUCUAAAUGUUACUUGAAACUACUGUGAGAUUGGGUGAAUGAAUGAACAAAGCAUUUGAUUGUUGCACUGACCGACUGAAAUUCAAAUUGUAUGGAUGAAGUAUCAGUUUCUUCAAUAAUGCAAAAUACGUAUUUUAUAGAAGUUGGAAUAUUUGACAUUCAGGGACCAGGAAUUAUCACUAGCUCUAAUUUCGAAAAUGUGUUUAAAUACCAGAUAAUCAUAUGUGCCAUUACUCGCUUUUGUUUUUUACUGUAUAGAUAUAUUGACCUAGUGAAUCACUACAAUGCAUUGUCUCAUGAUUCUCCAGUAUUUGCCAAUCUAGUUUUUUGGCGUUGUCAACAGUUAUGUCAUGUGAAAUAUAGACGUGCACUAUGGGGUGAACAUCAACAAGUUUUAAAUUCACUUCAUAUUGUUUUAAAUCAGGCUAGUUGUUAA